AUGGUCAAUUCGUGCUUCAAUACGUUGUAUAUCCUUCAGAGGGAAGGUGGAAUUACUAACGAGGACACGAAUUUAUUCAGAUGUCGAUUAGCGUUGAAGUUGGCAACACCUCCUCCGGGUAAAUUGUGAUUGAUCGCAAUGGUCACAAAACUGUUCUUUACAGCACUUCUUAUUGGUGUUCCUGAUGAAAAGACGUCUUCCGCGACAGUUCCACCAACACCAAUAGGGUCAACGUCGCCUGCCAUAAUCCUUCCAAAUACAUUGCAUUCACUGGAACGGCAUCCAUUGCCAAUUGUUUUAUUCUGUGGAGCAAGCCUUGAGUCAUUGGAUGAGCUGAAAGAAUACAUUGAGUGUGGAACACCAGCUGUCAUUGUUGAAGUAAGGUGUCCUGAAUAUUGUCAUCUUUCAGCUACCAAUGUCGUGAUUGAAUUAUAAUGUUUCAGGACUCCAGUGAGCUUUGCGCUGUCCUUCGAAAUUGCUUUAUGCUCUACAAUACCCCCAACUUUGAGCAUAAAGCUUUCCUGAAAUGGCUUCACAGCGAGUUGCAUUCAAUUGAACUGGAUGUUGAUCAGAUUGCUAAAGCGAAAGAUGCGAUAUGCUCAAUAUUUGCUACCGGAAUAGGCCCGAGAAACCUCUUUUCAUUUAUUAAAGCAGUCGAAUUGGAGAAUCUCCCUGAGCAUCUGCUACAAUUGCUGAGUAAGACGGCCAAUGAUUUGAAUGACCUCACACAAGUCGCUCAACUGGCAGCUAAACUUAAUGUUGUUUCGAUUAUAAAGCAGUUGGAGGUUGGAAAGACGUUUAGUGGAGAGGUGAGUUGAUUAUUAUGACAUUGGACAAACGUUUUUACAAUCUCAGGCGUUCCAUCAAAUUCUUCUGCAUGCUCUGACAAGCAGCAAUAAUAUUGACACUUUGACUGAGAUUUUGAAUCAGAGGCCACCAAUUGUAUUGCCUCGGCCGUUUUUACUAGAUUGGCUCGAUAACAUUGAUGAUAAGGUAAGGAAAAUGUCGGGGACAUACAAGGGGUUCCAUCUUUCAUUACUUGUGUUCCAUUAAUAUUCUAUAACAACUCAUUUUUUCUUUAGUACUUUUUUGAAUCCGUAAUCCUGGAAUCGACCCUCGGAUACCUUUCAGUUCCUACCGAAAUCAAUUCAGAGUUUGUGAAUGACAUCAAUAAACUCUUGGUAAGUUGAUAAAUUAUUGUAGAAAGCAUCACGUUUUGUUUUAGUACGAGCUCUCCGACGGGGUUUUCAACUUAUUCCCGUCCGAGAUUCUUCUUUCCCCACCAAAUGAAGUUGAUACUCAUCGAACGCUACAAGUCAUGGCAUUGUGGGCAGUACUCAGUAAUCAGCUCGAAGUUUGCAAAUGCCUAGCCGCCCAUUCAAAUGAACCCCUGAGCUUGGCCAUAAUUUUGGCCAGGAUAUCCAAGUCUUUGGUUGAGAAAUGCGGGCAUUUGACCUUUUACCGACAAGGCUACGAGAAAGCCCAAAAAUAUUUUGAAGAAGUUGCCGUUGGAGUUGUGAGUAGCUCUUUCAACGCGCGGCCGUUGAAAACAUACGAAUCCAUCUGUACACAAAACAGGCAUUUUAAUGGGCAAAGUCCGGCAGUUUUGGCAUUUGAGGUAAGCAAUAUGUCAUGUAUCUGAAACAUUGUUCAUUUCUCAGACUGAAAACCGUUCGCUUCUGGCAAAUGACUGCUUCAAAUGUUGGGCUCAGCGUUUAGUAAACUCCACGCUUUCUUUAUCAUCGGAAAGUUUGACAAACUUAUGCGGUUUUAAGAUAAUUCUCAGCGCAUUGUUCGUAUUUCCAAUCAGGAAUUUCUUUAUCCAACGACAUCCGUUGUGGAAUCUUGUUCAGCGAGGCUAUGAAGACAAGGGCUACAGUCCAACGGUAGCCAUGCUUGAAUUUGAAGGGAGGACUUCAAAGCCAAGGAGGGCAUUGAGCAUGUAUUCAGCUACUAGUAAGCAAGACAUUCUCUGGGGUUUAAUACGUUAAUUCAGGUCGCUCAAUCUGCGCUCAUGAUUUUCUAAAUACUCGGGAGACAACUCCACUGGACUUAAACCCUGAUAGCAAUGAGCUAGGAACUUUUAACAUGGAUUUCAACGAUUCCCAGUCUACAAACUUUAUGCACACUAAUCACACAUUACUCCCAGGUAAUGAAGAUGCCGAGUCGUUUUUGUACGGCCACGAGAACAGAACCAGGCAUACUCCUUCUCCAAUGGGUGUAAAUCUCCGAUGGUCUCCGAGCUACCAGGCCCGUAAAGUCCAGAAUACUACCUUUGAUGAUGUCGAAGCGUUUUACAAUACACCUCUAGUCAAGCUAUGGAUCUCACUUUUCUUUCGAAUAUUUUAUUUGGUCUUCUUUGCGGCAAUGGUAAACUAAACUUGACGAAGAUUGAAAAUUCGCUUAUUUCAGCUGAUUGGCAAAGGUUGCGCUAACGAGACGGCGUUGUUGCUAGUUUGGAUAUGGACUUUGAGUUAUUUAUGCGAAGGAUUUUGGGUUUUAACGAUUAGAUUGAAAACGACAGGAUUAAAUAAAGUAAGCCGGCAGUCUGAACAGCCACAGUUUGCUUAGAUGAAGUUCCACCUACUAGAUCAAUUAAUCAUCAUGACUUUUCUAUUUGGCUCCUUGUUGUUUCGAAUGAUUGGGGCGAAGUUUUGGUCCGAAAAUGUAAGUGAAUAAGACAUGAAAGUACUGUCUUUUUUAGUACCCCAACUACUGGUAUGUUCACAAAUCUCUUCAAGCAGCAUUCUUCGUGUAUCAAUGUUAUUCCACGUUCUUUAUCUAUGGUAUUUAUUUUGAUUCUACCGGAAAACUAAUAAUUCGGUUGAAAAAUGUAAUUACUCAAAAUGUCAGCGGGAUUUUACUAUUGACUGUUCUAGCGUUUAUCAGGUAGGCAAAAUGCUUAUCGGUUCCAGACGUAUUUUUUAUUGUUUCAGUACAGUCAUCGCGACGAAAACAAUUGUUUACCCGGACACGGAUGGAAAUUCAGCAAAGCUUCUAGACUCCAUUGAUUGGGCUGUAAAAUCUUUUAUCAACACUGAUCUUUCCUUACUCUCUGAGUCAAGUGAAUGUGCAAAGUUUGCAUUUACGCAGCCACCACAGCAAUGUGGAAUCAUUGGGGGUUACGGUAAUCGAAAUUGCCCGACUCAAGGAUUCCUCUCCAACAUCGUGGUACUACAAUAUUUAAUGGUUCUCAAAUUGGUCUUUGCUCCACUAUUUAUUGCUUUGGUAGUCUAUGCAGUUCUUCGAACUGAUGAUUCGUUUGAUUAUCAAAGAACCCUGCAGUUAUAUUCGACUGGUCGGGAAUUCAGCGCAAGGCCUGUUCUCCCUCCUCCAUUCACAUUCUUCUUCUUUGGAAUUCUGAUUUUGAAAAGAUUUUGCGGAUGUGGAAUGUGGAUCAGACAUGUGCAGAAAAUGUCAGAGCAUCCAGACGAGAGAGGGCUUCAUGGAGUCUUUGGAAAACAUCAGGCAGUUUAUCGGAAUCCAUCAGUAAGGCUGUUUGGCUUUUUUUGCUACACGAGUAAAAGUAAUUUUUCAGGGCUGAUGUUAUAAAAAUCACAAAAUAUUAGAUGGAAAUUAAUUUUCGAUUUCAGAUACCUCCAAUGAGACGUUCAAAGCGGCCUGACUUUUGGACGCAGAAAUUUAUCGACUCUUGGCACAAUAGAAAACUGAAUUCCUCCUCCGAAUCGACGACUAUCGCAGUCCCUGAAGCCGUGCGUCGGUUGAAUGAGAAGCUCCAACUUCUAGUGAUCUCAUCUGUUUUCAAAGAAACUUCCGAUGACAAAAAUGCAAAGCACUGGAGGACAGAAGGUUCAACCGUUAUUAUUGAUGAUGAGUACAAAGCCUGGACAACACUCCUCCCGGAUUACUAUCCUCCGUAUAGUUGUAAGUCGGUCGAGGAGUUCCCUGCAGAGAUACGGAGAAGAGUCGACAAUAUUGAUGUAAGUAUUAAAGUAUUGGCAGUACAGUGAUUUGCUUAGAAUAUCGUUGAAAUCGCUAAACAUUGGAGACAAAGUAAAUUGAGCCGUCAUAUAAAUGAAGAUGCAAGUAAAAUGUGGCUUCUCUCUGCCGAUGGAUUGCCGUUGAAUCCGUUAGGAAGGCGGGGGAAAUCUGGGAGAGGAGAUUUUGUCAAAUUCGGACCAAAUGUUAUAUAUUUUUAUGUAAUUUUGGUUCAACUGGCUGCUGGAGUCAAGGUAAGAACAGUUGAAUGGAAAAUAACUAAUUGUAAAUUAAACCUACGUCAAUAAAUCCUCUUUUAGGUCCUGCUAACUUCUAAAAACGAGCUUCCAAAUAAGCGAAAGUAUGGUGGCCUGCGAUCUGACGAAUAUUUAUCCGAAAUCUUAACAGAGCUCAAAGUAGCCGACUCCGAGAUUCAGAGAUUCUCAAUAAGAAGUCACCUCAACGUCGGACAGAGAGAUCAUAACAUUGCACAUGUUAUUUGUACCCCAUUAGAUACAAAUGAUGCCACGGAUAACGCGUGGACGGAAGCUGAUGUUUGGGCUACUUUGUUGACGUAAACAGAUUGUACAGUUACUGAUAGAUAAUUUCAGAAACUACACUCCUCAUCAAUCCUCAAAGUACCACUGGUUUGACGUAAACGACGGAGAAGUUCCCAAUCUAUGCCGAGAAUUUGUCCAAAAAUCGGUCGACAUUCUUAAGACCUCGUUAUGA